AGAAGAUUGGCCACUGGACCUGGUGGUCAUCAGCGAUCCGAAGGAGAUAGAGAAGGUCUUCCGCAACGAGGGGAGAUAUCCCGAGCGCCUUCCGCUGGAGAGUAUCAAAGCCUACCGGGAGCUUAAGAAGUUACCAGCUGGAGUAGUGAAUCUAAACGGCCCGGAGUGGCAGCGCGUGCGCAGCUCGGUUCAGAAGGACCUCAUGCGGCCCAAGACUGUCGGUGCUUACGCCUCUCUGCAGGAUGACGUCACCAGGGACUUGGUUGACGUCAUCAGGGCUCUGAUAGGGAAGGAGGAGAGCGGAGGUCAAGUUCACAACUUCAUCAACUAUGUGUACAGAUGGGCGCUAGAGGCGAUCAGCGUGGUUGUGCUGGACAAGCGACUCGGUUGCCUGACCUUGGAUGACCUUGAACCGGGUUCUGACGCAAAACUGAUGAUUGACGGGGUCAACGACUUCUUCGAUUCGUUCGUCGUACUGGAGACAUCGGCAACUGGUCUCUACAAGUACAUCAGCACACCGACCUGGAGGAGGUUCGAAAAGGCGAUCGACCAGUGGCACACGUAAGUGACAUUUCGUUCUUGGAUUACAUGUAGUUCUUCUAGUCUAAACA